AUGUCCGCAGCCAAGGUUAAGGCGCAACAAAUCAUCGACGAGAAUGCCGUCGUCGUCUUCUCCAAAUCCUACUGUCCCUACUGCCGUGCCACCAAGAGCCUUUUGAAUGAAAAGCACGCAAAAUACUUUUUGAUGGAGCUGGAUCAAGUCGAUGACGGCGCCGCUCUCCAAGACGCCCUCGAGGAAAUCACUGGACAGCGAUCCGUCCCCAACAUCUUUAUUUCCCAGCAACACAUUGGCGGGAAUUCCGACCUCCAAGCCAAAAAAUCUCAAUUGGACAACCUUUUGAAAAGUGCGGGUGCCAUCGAGGCAUAG